CCUACUAAAGACCGAAGGGCGUUUCAUGCAGAGAAUUGGGAAUUUAAUAGGACCUCUAUGGCUUCAUGAAUGAAGUGUCUCUGAUGUCACUCUAUUUACCUCUGCCUCGCAGUGACACGCCUCCCAUUCCAGGCUCGAGGCAUAUAAACCUCAGGAAUUCAGAGACACUCCAGCAGACUUCGAAGUUGGUCCAAUAGUACUUUUCAGGAUGACAGUGAUUAUUCUACUCCUGCUGGUACUUGCGUUUAGUUUUUCUGACGCGGAGGACAAUGAGCUGUUCUCCGUGAUAAGCACCCCCCCUGAGAAGGGCCAGAGUGUUUUACCCGACCCUGGCCAGAACCAGAGCACAAGGCUAGGGGCCAAAGACCCCUCUCUCACCAUCAACGAGCCCCUGGAAAAGAGCAGCAAAGCUGGGGACCCCAAGUACGCCCUCCACCCCCUUCCCUCUGGGGUCUGGCCCAAGCACAGUGACCCUCGCCCCGGCCCCCACAACAAGAGCAAGAAGGGCCCUAAAAAUGACCGCCUGAUCGAGCACAACAGCGAGAAGAACCGCGGCGAGGCCAGUCUAGCACUUCCCAAAACGCCACUUACCGCUGCUACCAACCGCACACAAAAAGUAAACGUGGACCCUUACCGAGACCCCCACACUUACUUCAACAACCCCCCGCAGAUUGACCCGGACAGUCACCCCAACUCCAGACCCAGGGGCCACCCCCACAUUCACCCAGCCACCUCCCCUCGCAGAGACCCCCCAACCAGAAAGCUGGACCCGGAGGAGAAUCGCCCUGGAGGGAAGUCCAGUCUGUACCAGUCUGGCGGCGCCAACCGGAAUAACAGCCGCUCAUCUGUGCUCCUCAACCGUCGCUCCUCAAGCUUGCUCUACCACUUCGACAUCCUGAAACGAGAGUCUGACUUCACUCACGAGGCCGUCUGCAUGAGUGAGUGCCGGAAGGAGAAGGAGGAGAGAGACCACUACUGCUACAGUGAAUUUGCCGUCAAUGGGAUCGUUCAUGACAUAGACAUGGUGCGUAAGGGGAUUAGACUCAUCACACUGAUGGUGAGCAGCGAUGGCUUCUACAAGAUGAGCCGCCUCUACGUCACUCCAGACAGCUUCUUUCUCAAAGUGCGUCUCCUAGUCCUGGACACCUACAAAUGUAGCAAGCCUUGUCCUGACAUCAAACUAGGUAGCCGGUACAUUGUAAUGGGCCAGAUCUACCACCGGAGGCGCCACCUUCCCAAUGACCUUCUGGCCCUGCUGGGGGGCAAACUGAAGCCAGGCGACGGCCUCCUGCGCAGCAACAACUACGUCAAGCGCUUCAACAAGAGGAGACACCAGAAAGCCCUGGAGGCUACCCGCUCCAAGUGUAGGUGAAACCAAAACACACUAUCGCCCCCUGCAGCGGUGGAAAAGACAUUGCAGCCGUCAACAUGAAAUGACUGUGACCUAUAACCCUGCAGCAUUUCAGCCGAGACGUAGAUGGACGAGGCCAAGGUGUUGUUGUUUUUUUACGGCAUGGACCUCCUGCACUUGUUUGUGUCAUAAUCCAGGUUGAGUGGUAAUGUUUUUGCUUGUCUGUCUGUACAGUCUUUGCCUUGUAGCUUUGCGUCCUCUUUGAUAGAAGACACAAGUGGAGUCUAUAUCAAAGGUUCUCGUCUUCAAACCUCUGCUUGAAGUGUUGCCCCAUUUCCUCACACUGUUGCUCUCUGUUAUUGUGCAUGAGCAUUUAGUUGGAUAGAGGGCACACUUAACAAAGGUAAAAGAUGAGCUCUCUAGUAUAUCUCUUUGUUCAUAAGUCUUCUAUACUCAUUUAUUAAGAUGUCGUAGUACUUCAAAUGAUCAUUUGUUUCAUGUCUGGUACAUGAAUUGGUCAGAUCAGUGCAUCCCUCUUAUUGGUUUCUUUUACGAUUUCAAUAUUCUGCCAGCGAACCCAGAGUUCUGUUUCAAUGGAAUAAUUUAGGUAGACAUUUUCAUUGGCUAAUUCGAUGUAACACAACUUUUCAUCAGAAUGUUUUGGUUGUCCCGUGUCCACAUUUGAAGAUGUUGUCCGAGCAUGUGAAAGAAGCCCAUAAUUGCCCUGAGGGAGGAAGACUGCCAACUCCAGCUCCACUAUUCAUGCGAACACACACAUCUCUCCAAUUGGCUUGUUCCAGGUUAUCCCAAUCAUCCAUGGGAAAGACUAUCUGUUCAGAUCUAGUUGCACACGGGUGCUUCUCCAAUGGCAAGAGUCCAAUUACAUUUCACCUUUCGAACUUGGUAGGAAACUCUAAAGGACUUCCUAUUGACUGAAUGUACAAUAUCAGCAAUCUCCUAUUUAUGCCUGUAAGAAAAGCGGUCGCAUCUUCACACUGUUUUGUUCCUGUCAUUUGAUUGCAGGAAAUGCACUUUUACUGUAUGUGAAAGAGAAGAGGGGGGUGGGAUGUAAGACUGGAAAAGCAGCAUCAACAACAACAAACCCCAGAGGAGGGAUAAGUUGAGAAAAGAGACCAAACUUAAGCUAGUUUUCUAAUGUUAAAGAAGUGUACACGUUGAAACAUCCGACGGCGAAGACAGACUUCAUAAGGGAACCUGGUGGUAUUAGUGGUUGUUUUUGUAAAUCUAAUCGCGGGAAUCUGAUCCCCCCAGGGCACCUGGACACACGGAUUCAGAAAAGUGCGGCUCUCCUUGCCGGCUCUCUUUGGAGAUGGUGAGGUGAUAGCUAAUGCCACCUUUGACCCUUAUUUGCUCAUGCACACACACACACACACCCACAACCGAUGCGGACAAAGUUCAAAGGAGACAUUUGAGAGUGGCCAAGGGAAAGAGAGAGGGAGGAGGAAGGGAGGA